AUGACUCGUGAAUUCUCUGAAUAUCGAUGUGAAGCUAUAUAUGAUCUAUUGGAAUUAACACAAACGUAUCAUGCUUUCGAUUUUGCAUUUAAAAGUUUUAACGGUGACACUUUAAUCACAAUUUUCUCUAUCGAUUCCACUCAACCUAAGGGUACGAUUGGGUCAAGAGGAAAGAAACUCGAAGGAUUAACAUUACGUGGUGGAUCAAUUUGUCGACAAAAAUUAAUAAAUGAUUCAAUACAAUAUUUAGGUUGGGGUUUAAAAUCUGAAGAAAAGAAUGCAAGAAUAUAUGUUUAUGAUUCUUCUUCUAUGAAUAAUCCCUGUUUGAAAGCAUAUUAUGUAACUCAUGGUAAAGUAAUUACUCCAUUGGAUGGAUGUAAAGCAACUAAAGGAUGGUGGUCUACACUUUUAUAUUCAAAAAAGAAAAAAAAGUCAGUAACAACUGUAGGAUUUGUAGGUAGAAAUAAAACUAGUGGUAAAUUACCGGGAAUUCCUUAUGUUGCGGGAAAAUUAAAAAAUAUUUCGAUUAAAGCUGAUUUUUUAUUGGUUGCUUAUGAAGAAAAAAAGGUUGAUAAAUCUAAAAAUGGGAUAAAAUAUUUAUUAACUGAAGGAGGAGAAGAAUAUUUAAAACGAAAAAAAACUUGUGUAAUUUCCUAA